AGUGGUAAUCUCACUGGAUUCUCGCUUUUUGCCCCUAGCAUUCUUCUGUUCGGGGAUUUCUUCGCGGGUCUUCUUAGCAGAGGUGCUACAGCAGCUAUGAACCACAACUGCGUUUCGUUUCUUUGGGUUGAUCAGAUCAGGUACCAGUAUAGCUUCACCAUUUGCUAAGGUGGCUUCCGGGAUUCUCCUUCCCAAGGGAUAGUUAUGCCGAAAGUUUCGAUAGUUAAGGGUCAUACAUUCCGGUUAAGGGCCAUACGUUCCGGUUAGCCAUUGACAUUGGGCUUACGUCAGCGAUUGAAGUUGUGUUGGAUGGAAUGAGGCUUAAAAGAUGGCUUGCAAGUGUCUUGUUCCUCGCUGCUACAAUUUUAAGCUGCACAUCAGGUGCAUUUGUGGGAGUAAACAUUGGAACUGAUGUUUCUAACCUGCCAUCAGCCACGGAUGUUGUUGCUAUUCUUAAAGCCCAUCAAAUUACUCAUGUGCGCCUUUAUGAUGCCAAUACUCACAUGCUGCAGGCUCUUGCAAACUCCAGUAUUGAAGUAAUUGUUGGUGUCACAAAUGAGGAGUUACUGAGGAUUGGAGAAUCUCCGUCAGUAGCUGCAGCCUGGGUCAAUAAAAAUGUAGCAGCUUAUAUGCCUUCCACCAAUAUCACAUCCAUAGCAGUUGGUAGUGAGGUUCUUACCCAAAUCCCAAAUGUUGCCCCUGUUUUAGUUCCUGCUAUGAAUUAUCUUCACAGAGCCCUGGUUGCUGCAAACCUUAACUUUCGGGUCAAAGUUUCAACUCCACAGUCCAUGGACGUAAUACCUAGGCCUUUUCCUCCUUCCACUGCCACCUUUAAUUCUUCUAUGAACUCCACAAUUUACCAACUCCUUCAGUUUUUGAAGAACACAAACUCCUCGUACAUGUUGAAUGCUUAUCCUUAUUAUGGAUACACCAAGGGAGAUGGUAUUUUCCCAAUUGAAUAUGCUCUUUUUCAACCACUUCCUUCAGUCAAGCAAAUUGUUGAUCCAAACACUCUGUUCCAUUAUAGCAGUAUGUUUGAUGCUAUGGUUGAUGCUACCUAUUAUUCUAUAGAUGCUUUCCACUUCUCGAAUAUCCCAAUUAUUGUCACAGAGACUGGUUGGCCAUCAUUUGGUGGAUCAAAUGAACCUGAUGCUACUGUGGAAAAUGCUGAGACCUACAAUAAUAAUUUGAUUAGACGAGUCCUAAAUGGUUCUGGUCCACCUAGUCAGCCACAAAUAGCCAUUAAUACAUACAUAUAUGAAUUGUUUAAUGAAGACAAGAGGAAUGGGCCUAUAUCAGAAAAAAACUGGGGCAUUCUUAGUACUAAUGGAAGUGCUGUCUAUCCUUUGAGUUUGAUUGGAUCUGGUCGAAGUACUGGAAAUUCUUCAGCAGUUUUUUGCGUUGCUAAAGAUGGUGCAGAUUCUGAUAAGCUGCAAGCAGGCCUGAACUGGGCUUGUGGACAAGGUCAUGCUAACUGCGCAGCUAUUCAACCGGGAAAGCCAUGUUACUCACCUAAUAAUGUAAAAAGCCAUGCCUCUUAUGCUUACAACGAUUAUUAUCAAAAGAUGCGUGCUACUGGCGGAACAUGUGACUUCGAUGGUACAGCUACAACAACUGCUGUGGAUCCUAGUCAUGGCUCCUGUAGAUACACAGGAAGUUCCAACUCAAGUCUGACAGGAGGGAGUUUUCCUCCUUUAUCACUGGGUCCCGAAAGCGCAGUUGGAGGAAGUUGGAGCCUGCGAGUAUCCAUGCUUCAGAAUCUGAUAUCUAGUGUAAUUUUUGGCAUUGGUGUUGCUAUGACCUGAAGGUUUGCCGUCUAAAAAUUGAUUCGCGGAAUGAAGUUAUAAUCAAUUUUGUGUCCAUUUCUCUUUAUCUUUCCCAUCAAUCCAUUUGUCGUACUGAUUGGGAGGUUAGGAUCAUUGUAAUUUACAGACAAGGUAAGUUCAGUUGCGGAACCUGAGAUUGAGCCCUUAUAGCAGCAUAACAACAAACGGGAAAUUCUGAAAUCUCAAGAUUGGCAUUGACUUUGUUCAGAACAAUGUUGUUCUCAUUUUCAGCAUUGUCUUUCUGUUGUUUUUCCCCGGGAGGUUCAUUUGUUGGAUGGAUGGCUGGCUCUGCUACCGCCGCCAACACUCCAUUUCAUAGCUCGAAGACUAACUGAUUCCUCUGAUCCAACAUGGAUUUGUGCCA